AUGGGAGACGACGAACAUCAUGAAUUUGAAUCAGCAUCAGGAUCUGGAGCAUCAACUACUUAUCCGAUGCAAUGUUCUGCCCUCAGAAAGAACGGUCACGUUGUACUUAAAGGUAGGCCAUGUAAGAUCAUUGAAAUGUCUACGAGUAAGACUGGUAAACAUGGACACGCGAAAGUCCAUCUUGUCGGACUAGAUAUUUUUACUAAUAAGAAGCUUGAAGAUAUUUCUCCAUCAACCCAUAACAUGGAUGUUCCUCAUGUUACUCGUACUGAGUUUACGCUUAUUGACUGUGCUGAAGAUGGUUUUUUGAGCUUGAUGACUUCUGAUGGUGGUACGAAGGAUGAUGUUCACAUUGACGAAAAUAGCGAAACUUAUAUUAACAUUAAUAAAGGGCUAAAAGAAGGUAAGGAAUACUUGGUCACCGUCGUCAGUGCGAUGGGAGAGGAAGCUGUUGCAGCCUACAAGGAAGCUCCCAAAUUUUUUGAAUGUUUAUUAGAAUCUGUUAAUUCUCUUUAG